AUGUUGUCUCCUUCAAUCCCUGCACAGAAUGAUUCUUCCUCUAUCAAACCGGAAAUCACUGCUUCUAUCCACGAAGAUAAUCGGUUGGACUCAUUCCAAAAUGUACCCUCGCACUUCGAUGCCGCAACCAACGUUGACCUAAACCAAACGUACCUCCCCCCAAAAUCAUCCAACACUGCUCUCCUAAAUCCAGACUCGUUCCGCCGUUUAUCAAUAAGCACCAUCUCCUCCUACCCAUCUCGAAACCCGUCACCAUAUCCACCUCCACCAACCACCUUCAAAGGCAAAGCUUCUGCCUUCUGGAAUCGCAAUUAUGGGUUGUUUCUGGUUGCCCUAUCCCAGCUAUUUGGAGCUCUCAUGAAUGUCACAACUCGGUUGUUGGAGCUGGAGGACGGGGGAAUGCAUCCUCUACAGAUUCUGUUUGCGAGAAUGGGCUUGACAAUGGUAUUUUGUUGUGCAUGGAUGUGGUGGAAGAAAGUACCCAAUUUUUUGCUCGGAGAGAGAGGCAUUAGAUGGUUAUUAUUGGCAAGGGGCUUUAGCGGAUUUUUUGGUAUCUAUGGGAUGUAUUACUCACUUCAAUACCUACCCAUCGCCGACGCAGUGGUGAUUACCUUCCUCGCACCAUCAGUAGCCUCCUAUGGGUGCUCAAUCUUCCUUCGCGAACCCUUCCCUCGAACGGCCCAAUACGCUUCCCUCAUUUCCCUCCUUGGAGUUAUUCUCAUAGCACGUCCAACCUCCUUCUUCACAUCCCCAGAAGCAACUCCUUCUCCUCCUCCUCAAACCAACGGUACCUCUACCUACCACGAAGACUUUCCAACCCCAACAAACUCCCAGCGCCUCGCAGCCCUCGCCGUGGCCCUCCUCGGCGUCCUCGGUGCUGCCGGCGCUUUCACCACCAUACGCUUGAUCGGCCACCGCGCCCACCCCCUCAUCUCCGUAAACUACUUCGCCUUCUUCUGCACCACAAUCUCACUCACCUGUCUCACCCUUCCCAUCCCAUACUCCCCCUCUUUCGCACUCCCAAACGGGUUCAGACAGUGGUGUAUGCUCUUAUUCCUCGGAAUAUGUGGUUUUGUAAUGCAAUUCAUGCUCACGAAAGGGCUGGCCGUAGGCGGGAGAGGCGAGGGUGGUAGAGCGACCAACAUGAUUUAUUGUAAUAUGCUUUUUGCGUUGGCGUUGGAUAAAGUGGUUUUUGGAGUUAGUCCUGGGUGGUGGAGUUUAGGCGGGAGUGGUCUUAUUCUCGGGAGUGCGGUUUGGGUUGCUGUUGGGAGGAAUAAUGGGGGGAAGGAGAGUGGCAGGGAGAGGGUGAUGGGUGAAGAGGAGAUGGGGCUGAUGAUGGAGGUUCAUGGGAGGGAUGCCCAGAGGGGGAGGAGUUUUGAGGAGUCGAGGAUACCUAGGUAG